AAACAUUGAGAGAUUCUAUUCUUCUUGUUUGUUUGAGUGUAGGGAAAAUGGUCUGCAGUGCUCAUAAAGUGCUUAUCCUUCUCAUCUGUAUGUGGCUAUUAGCAGUUGAACCAGAAAAAGUUUGUGGCUUGAGAAACAAGGAACUUGUGUUCAGGCAUCACCCCAAAGGAAGUGGAAUAGCUAGCUCUCCCAAGAAUCAGCGAAUUCUUAAGGCUGCGGUUGACUUGGAAGGAAUGAACACACAGCAGAACUCAGCACCUGUAAACAACAAAUUUGAUCCAAAUCAAUCAAGCAAAAGAAGAGUACGAAGGGGACCGGAUCCCAUCCACAACAAGGUUUGACACGUUCGUGUGGUUUCUUUAACAAGGAGGAUGCACAAGUAAGUUAGCAUUUGAUGACUAAAAACAACUUCAUAUAACACAGAAAAACUACAAAGUGGGAAAUCUUGGGAAAUCUAUUCACUUUCUCAACAAUCUUUUAUGAGAAUUGGUUUGGUUUUGCCUAUAUUUUGUUUCAAGGGUUUGGCUAUAAAGAGAUGUGCAUGAUGAAGGUACUAAAUGAUAGUCCUGGAGGACACAGAGAGGAACAUAUAUAAUCUCUGUACUCUAAACUGACACCGCCAUUCGCUAUAGAUGACCAAGAAGAAAACAUAGUAUUAUGUUAUUCUUUAAUCUUCUUUGAGGCUAAGAUCUAUCCCUAUUUGCAGAUUAGCAUAAAGUUUCUAGCAGGUCAUUUAUACUGAAAUUCUUUUGUAUCUUCAAGCUCUAUAGCAAAUGUUAGUGUGAUGUAAAGAACAUAUUAAUAUACCUUUUUAUGUUAU